CCGUUGGACACGCCCGAGGCGCUUUCAUUAAACAUUUGCGAACCCUCGCCUGACGACGAACUGGGUCACAGUAUACUAUUCAAGCCAUCCCACGUUUCGGACACGAGAGAUUCACUUUCUUUCUAUCACGAGGACGAGAUGAUCGUGCUCGAAGCCACUCGACUUGCACGUGGAGCACGCGAGGCAUGGGACACGGAUCCGAUCAACACCGCGGCAGAGCCAGGGAUCGAGCCAGUAUGGGACGAGCUGUUCCGCUCUCGCGUGGCAUACCAAACGCAGAUGGUAGAAGCGCUGCAGUUUACGGUAUAUCCUCCUGCGCCUCUCAUGCCACAGCCUGCAGUGUUUCUGGACUACAUACCGUGGGUGAGAUAUAUUGUUGAGGUGGAUGAUAUUCUUGAGCGGCAAGCGUGGGAUGGGAUAGAGAAGCAGAGAUCUGGGAGACUGACCAGGAACAGCAUGAAGACGAAACAUGCGCAUGCUCGCACUAUUGAGCUGAGUGAGGAGGAGCAGCGAAUACUUGCGACGACGAAGCUUGAGGGACUCUGAGGCGAGCAUCUGGGAGUAGCUUGGAUACUGGAAAGGGAUAUCUGUGUUGCCAUACUAUCUGAUUAGAGUAACCAGUGAUGCUGUUGACAGGAGAUAUUGAACCUUGUAAGUGUAGUGUAUUGAAUGCAGUAGCGUGGUCCGCG